UUUGUGGCUAUAAAGCUCGACCAAAUCGACAAUAGAGAAUCAUUCGACAGUAUACAUAUUCAAACAAAGAACAACAAAGUAACAUCACUACUCUAUAGACAUGAAAUCCAAGAUUAUUCUGUUGAUGUUUGCAAUGGUAAUGCUGGCCGUCGUGGCAAAAGAAAUCAAUCCAUUCUCAAUUUAUGGGAAGAAAUCACUUGGUCUCGUACAUGGGCACUUCAAGCGUGAGGCUGUUCAAACCGUUGCUGGCCGUCCCGCUGGACUUGAAACCCAUCCCACUCACGGAACGGCAACAGACCAGGAAGAAGAACUGAUUCACAAACUCUUUAAACGUGAGGCUGUUCCAUGUCAAGGCCCUCUCCUUCCCAUCGCUGGACUUGGAGGCUGCCACGGAUCAGGAAAAUAAUAAAAAUUUUAAAGCAUUUUAGCAAUGGCUUGACAAAAAUAUAUCAAUUUCCACAGUUGCCGAAAUAAAUAAUGAUUAACAGUUA